GCUGGAGCCCGAGCAGCGCCGGAGCGGGAGCGGCGAGCCAGGCUGUCCGGGUGUCCGGGUGUCCGGGUGUCCGGGAGCUCGCCGCGCGCCGGGGCUGGGACCGCAGACAAAGGCGCCGCUCGGCCGCCGCCGCGCUCCGGGGCUCCGCGUGCUGGGAGUCAUGCUUUCCUCUCCUGCUCCUACCUGAAGAGGUAGUCCAGCCGCCUGCUGGCAGCGCAUUUCCCUACCCACCAGCCCUUCAGUUUGGGGGGAAGGAGACUCCGUGUGAAAGAUGCUGGGUUCCCGCAGCCUCUCGGAGUCCAGCAGAGCACAGUCUCGUUCGAAGAGGCAUGGAUGAGGGGGUGACAGAGGAUGCUGCCCCCUGAAGCCUCCAGAGGUGCCUGGCCUGGCAGCUGAGCUCCCCUUGGACCUGGGACUUUGGGUGUAACUUGUGUGCAGCUCAUGGGAGGGGCAGGGCUUCUCCGGCUUUCUUCCCCGAUGCCCACCAGCUGGUUUGGGCUGCAGGAUCUAAGGUGAGCCGGCAGAAAGGGGAGCUGGCCGAGGUAGAAAGAAGCCCCAAGAAGCCUCCAGAAUUCAUUGUUGGGAUCCCUUCAGUCUGCCCGGGACGCAGAGAGCAGCUGCGAAGCUGCCAGAGGCUGUGAUACAACCGAGCUUCGGACCAUCGUCAGUGAAGGAACACAGAGCAGCAAAAGCAUUUCAGCCCGAAGGAACUUCUUUCAACAAAGGACUUAAAGGGGAGAGUUUCUGCAUCUUUACUUUGUGGUCCCUUAGGAGAGAAACCUUGACGUUCACAUAGAUAACGAGAUCAGUUUCUCUGUCCAAGAUGCUCCCUGUGAAAGAAGCAUGAGCCAUUCUCAGCGUGGGGAAGGGCUCGGGACACGCAGGAGUGGGUGGACAGCCCUCCCAGGGCUUGUUAAGAAAACAGCAUGAGCCUCCAACUUCUGCAGCUCAGCAAGCAUGGACAUGUGCCACUCUUGUCUCCAGGGAGCUGGUGGCAGUGACAUCACCACGAGAAAAAGCAUCCCUCAGCCUCGGGACUUGACAGAAUGAGGUGUGCUGGGGAGGCCACCAGCUGGGACCCGGCCUUUCCCGACCGCCCCUCCGUCCCACGGGCGUCCCCUGACCACCACUGAGCCAACGAUGGCUGAGAAGGGGGACUGCUUUGCCAGUGUCUACGGCUAUGACCUCGGUGGGCGCUUUGUUGACUUCCGACCCCUGGGCUUCGGCGUCAAUGGGCUGGUGCUGUCAGCCACGGACAGCAGGACCUGCCGGAAGGUGGCCGUGAAGAAGGUCACCCUGAGCGACGCCCGCAGCAUGAAGCACGCCCUCCGGGAGAUCAAGAUCAUCCGGCGCCUGGACCACGACAACAUCGUGAAGGUGUACGAGGUGCUGGGGCCCAAGGGCGCCAACCUGCAGGGCGAGCUGUUCAAGUUCAGCGUGGCCUACAUCGUGCAGGAGUACAUGGAGACCGACCUGGCCCGCCUGCUGGAGCAGGGCACGCUGGCGGAGGAGCACGCCAAGCUGUUCAUGUACCAGCUGCUCCGCGGGCUCAAGUACAUCCACUCGGCCAACGUGCUGCACAGGGACCUGAAGCCCGCCAACAUCUUCAUCAGCACCGAGGACCUCGUGCUCAAGAUCGGGGACUUCGGCUUGGCGAGGAUCGUCGAUCAGCAUUAUUCCCACAAGGGUUAUCUGUCAGAAGGCUUGGUCACGAAGUGGUACCGCUCACCACGCCUGCUCCUCUCCCCUAACAACUACACCAAAGCCAUCGACAUGUGGGCGGCCGGCUGCAUCCUGGCGGAGAUGCUCACAGGGAGAAUGCUCUUUGCAGGGGCUCACGAGCUGGAGCAGAUGCAGCUCAUACUGGACACCAUCCCUGUGAUCCGGGAGGAGGACAAGGACGAGCUGCUCAAGGUGAUGCCUUCCUUUGUCAACAGCACCUGGGAGGUGAAGAGGCCCCUGCGCAAGCUGCUCCCUGAAGUGAACAGUGAAGCCAUCGACUUUCUGGAGAAGAUCCUGACCUUUAACCCCAUGGAUCGCCUCACAGCCGAGAUGGGGCUGCAGCACCCCUACAUGAGCCCGUACUCAUGCCCCGAGGACGAGCCCACCUCCCAGCACCCCUUCCGCAUUGAGGAUGAGAUUGACGACAUCCUGCUGAUGGCCGCCAGCCAGAGCCAGCUCUCCACCUGGGACAGGUACCCCGUGAGCCUGUCAUCCGACCUGGAGUGGCGGCCGGACCGGUGCCCGGACGCGAGCGAGGUGCAGCGGGACCCGCGCGCGGGCUCGGCGCCGGCGGAGGACGUGCAGGUGGACCCGCGCAAGGACUCGCAGAGCAGCUCCGAGCGCUUCCUGGAGCAGUCGCACUCGUCCAUGGAGCGCUCCUGCGACUACAAGGUGGGGUCGCCGUCCUACCUGGACAAGCUGCUGUGGCGCGACAACAAGCCGCACCACUACUCCGAGCCCAAGCUCAUCCUGGACCUGUCGCACUGGAAGCAGGCGGCCGGCGCGCCCCCCUCCACCGCCGGGGCCGCGGACGCCGGGGCCCUGGACGCCGGGGCGCGCCGCGAGGACGAGCCGGCCAGCCUCUUCCUGGAGAUCGCGCAGUGGGUCCAGAGCACGCAGGGCGGCCAGGAGCCCGCCAGCCCGCCCCGCCAGGGGCCCGAGCGCCGCCUGUCCGCCUCCCCGCCCGGCCGCCCUGCCCCCGUGGACGGCGGCGCCAGCCCCCAGUUCGACCUGGACGUGUUCAUCUCGCGCGCCCUGAGACUCUGCACCAAGCCCGAGGACCUGCCGGACAACACGCUGGGCGACCUCAACGGCACGCGCAUCCCCGAGUGCCCCGCGGAUCUCGUGCAGACAGACACCUUCUCCAAAGAACGCUGGUGAGGCCGGAGGGGGGCGCUGCAGGCCCCUGCACCCCCGCGGGAGGCCACCCGGGAACGCGGGCCCCUCCGCCACCUGGGGGUUAGCAGGACACAGGAAGGAUCCGAGGAGCGAGAGGAAUGUCCAUUUCUUAAACUGCCUUAAUAACUAGCCUUUAACCUCUGGGAGCGGGUUUCAACAGGAGCCUAGUUUGGGGGUUGAUCACCUUCCCAGCGAAGAGGAGGCCCUUGCGUCUUGUAAGUGGAAGAAGCAAGUCUUAGGAAGCAGCCCGCAGGUCCCGCGGGUGGGGAGAGGCCGCGGAAUCUUGCAGGCUGGUGUAGACACCCACUGGCCCAGAGAGCCUCAACGGACAGACACGGAAAGACAGUGAGAACCAGAGAAGCAGCGUCCAGCCAGGGUCCGGGCAAGCCCCGAGUCCCCGCCUCCCGGCCCCAGGCCAGUGUCUGUCCACUAUACAAUGUCUUCCUCGGCUGGGGUCCCGCUGGCUUUUCAGUCAGAAAAGUUAGUCCAAGAUGCACCUUCCCUGUCCAUCACCAUGUUCUUUUCUUCCGGGCUAUGUGUCUCGUGUUCCGGAAUGGGAAACUGAGCCAGUUUCUUUUCCCUAAUCAAGCAUAUGAUUCUGGUGCCUCAAAUACAUCACUUCUCCUUUGCCAGGCCCUGUCUUUGCCUGGCUCCGGAAUGAUCUGAAAUCCUUGUUUAGAUCAGAUCGGGUUGGGGGCUGUGGGUAACAGAAUUCACCCUCCCAGGCCUGGGCACGCACCUCUUCCAGAACUCCUCAUGCGCUUUCCUGACACACACACAGACACAGACACAGCCCUCAUUCCCAAGGGCUGUCACAUGGGUGAGUGUGAAGAUAGCAAGUCCAUGAAUCCCCCCAAGGGCCCCCACCCCCACCCCCAAUGAGGGGCUCACCAUAGAGCAAAUGUUAGGAGAGAUUUCGGAUUAAUGCAUCCUUAUCAGGCUUCACUCAUUCUGCCCUUGUUUCUGAUCAUCCAUUAGCCCCAGCAAAGAGCAGGCCCUGAAGAAGUGCAUUGGAGAGCAAGUGGCCUGGGGACAAGGAAUCCAGGGAGGUAGCAAUGUGUGAAAGGGGGGGUGUCAACCGUGAGGACACUCAGGGGUCAGGCAGAGGCAUGGAGACCCCAAAGGAAGGGAUUUCAAGUCACCUCCUAGUUCAGGUCAAGAUGAGUUUGGAACUAGCAAACCCAGAGGUGCCCUCGUACCCGGAGCCUGGGGUGAUGGUGUGUGGGCACAGCAGGCCCUCUGCAGAAGCAUUUCCAUCCCUGGUGUCCAGCUCCACCCCUCCCCCACCCCCAACAUGCCCAAAGAUACCCACAGGAAGUCUGGACAAGCGGAAGGUCCCCUCGUCUUGGUCUUGGCUGUGUUCACCCUCACCUUAACAGCACCUUUAAUCUGCUAACUAGGAUUUGUACAUUGAAACCUGCAACAUACUAGCAACUUAUAUUUAAAAACAAUUAAUCACACUGAUUUUUAAAUGGAAAAUAUGUAAAUAUGAAGUAUUUGGUUUUGUGUUUGUUUUAUUUUGAAGAUAAGGAAAUGUACACUGCUCCUCAUGUGCCAUUUGUCCCCAGAGGGCGGCUUUACAUUUUUGGUAAAGGAACAAGCUGCUGACCUUGGCCAGAAGUUCAUAUAUAAUUGUUAUUACAGAGGAAUUGUUAUUACUACUCAAGUUUUUUUAAAAAAAAUCUAUUAAGCAUUAUUAAACUUGAUCAGGAUGGGCCAAAUAAAGUUAUAUUGGAA